AUGUCAGGUUUUUGUAUUAAAACAGGAGCAGGAGGAACAAAGUGUGGACGUUGGAAUCCGACUGCAGAACAGGUCCAAGUUCUGUCUGAUCUGUUCAGAUCUGGACUACGGACUCCAACCACUGACCAGAUUCAAAAGAUAUUGUCUCAACUGAGCUUUUAUGGUAAGAUCGAAAGUAAGAACGUCUUCUACUGGUUCCAGAAUCAUAAAGCCAGAGAGAGGCAGAAACGAAGAAGAGUUUCUGUUGAAGAGAGUGAGCUAUUCUACGGUGCAGACAAGGUUUUCACUGAAAAACAUGGUGGAGAGGUAGAACAAGUUUCAGAGCCAGAAAGAGUGGUUGAAACGCUGCAGCUGUUUCCAUUGAACUCAUACGAAGAAUCAGAGUCACAGAAGCUAAGAUUACUGAGAAGCGAACGCAGUGAGAUCACGACAUUUUCUUCGUGCGCAAUGGAGAAAGAGAUUGAUCAUCAACAUCUAGAUCUUCGUUUGAGCUUUGUAUAACAAUUCAUAUAGUCAUAGC